GCGGGCGGCGGCGCGUGAGGCCGCGCGGUCCCCGGCGCCUUGGGAGCCCGAGUCCCGGCCCCCGCCGCUCCCGCCGCCGCCAUGUCGGGCCGGUCGGUCCGGGCCGAGACCCGCAGCCGGGCCAAGGACGACAUCAAGAAAGUGAUGGCGGCCAUCGAGAAAGUGCGGAAAUGGGAGAAGAAAUGGGUGACUGUGGGCGACACGUCCCUUAGGAUAUUUAAGUGGGUUCCUGUGACAGACAGCAAGGAGAAAGAAAAGUCCAAAUCGAACAGUUCCGCAGCCCGGGAACCUAAUGGCUUUCCCUCUGAUGCCUCAGCCAAUCCCUCUCUCCUUCUUGAAUCCCAGGACGAGAACAGCAACCAGAGCUCCGUGUCUGAUGUCUACCAGCUCAAGGUGGACAGCAGCACCAACUCCAGCCCUAGCCCGCAGCAGAGCGAGUCCCUGAGCCCGGCACACACGUCCGACUUCCGCACCGAUGACUCGCAGCCCCCAACUCUGGGCCAGGAGAUCCUUGAGGAACCCUCCCUGCCCGCCUCGGAAGUGGCCGAUGAGCCGCCCACCCUCACAAAGGAGGAGCCAGUUCCAGUAGAGACCCAGGUUGCUGAGGAAGAGGACGACUCGGGGGCCCCUCCCCUGAAACGCUUCUGUGUGGACCAGCCCGCAGUGCCCCAGACGGCCUCGGCAUCAGAGAGCUAGCACUGCCCGCCGCGCUGCUUCCAGCCCGCUCUUCGUCGCAUUCUGGUUCUGGCUGUGCUGUGUUGCUGGGGAAGGGCCUGCACGUGGACACCUUCCGGGCUGGGAGGCGGGCACCAGAUGUGGGGUAGCAGCAUCGUCUGUCUGUCCCUGGCACUGGGGCCCGCUUGCUCACGAGAAGAGAAGCUCUCAUCUCCUUUCUGCACCCCAAGUAGGCUGGAGCACCAGCCCCCCCAGGGCCGUCUGUGGUAGUCCAGGCCCUCUGGAUGUGGCUGCUGGCGCUCUUAGGAGGCCGGAGAUGCAGAAGGCAAGUCGAGAGAAGAGGGUGCCCCGGGCACCUGAACGGGAGACUGCGGAUGCGCCCACGUGCCAUCGGAUGAGGGCCCUGUAGGCUGCUAGUGGGAAUGACAGGGAAGGAAUGUUGGAGCGAGGGAAGGAACUCCUGCAGGGAGAGACGGGAAAGGUCCAGAGAGUUCUUGCUGUCUUGGCACUUCUGCCCAUUCCUGAGGUUUUGUUGCCUCUCAUGGGCUCUUCAGCUGCUGAGGGUCCUUUGUGUGUUCCCCACCCCCCCCACCCCCGCCAAACCACACCUUCCCAGCAUCCUUGUUAUCACCCCUGCAUUUCAUUCUAGUACCCCUGUUGUGCCACAAACUUCCCCAGCAAGAAUUUGAGGACAGUACCUGCCCCCAUAGCCCAGUUGUUCUAGAAAGUUCCCUUUCCUUUGAAAUCUGCACGUUUAAUUCAACUUUGUGAUCUUAUUUUUUGUUUCAAAAAGAAGUUUAAGAAAACAGAAAUGGGCAACAGUGAGUGAAGACAUAUUUUAGCACUGAAUAGAAUAUUUUUAAAAUUAAACUAUUUGAAAUAUG